CUAGCAGCAGCUGUACGAGCUCAGCGCAGGCCAGGCGACGGCGCCUUUAAGAGGGAGAAAACGAAACAAUAAACCGUUCGUGGUGUGUCAAUGUUGUGCGGACAAUGAAUUUAGUCGAUAUGGUUUUGAUCAAACUCUUGCUAUUGUUAUACUGUAUACGGAAUACCAAAGGUCAACUGGGCACGCCGCUGAACAAGUACAUCCGGCACUAUGAGGGCCUGAGCUAUGACACCGACGCGCUGCACGGCAGCCACCAGAGGGCCAAGAGAGCGGUGGCCCACGAGGACAAGCACGUCCACCUGGAGUUCAGUGCUCACGGGAGACACUUUAAUCUGCGCAUGAGGAGAGACACAACGCUGUUUGCUCCAGACCUGAAAGUGGAGGUCUCUGGGGAAGAGCUGCCCUACGACACCUCACACAUCUACACAGGAGAGCUCCACGGUGAGAAGGGCAGUCUGACCCACGGCUCCAUCAUUGAGGGGAGGUUCGAGGGCUUCAUCCAGAGUCACCAGGGCACCUUCUACGUGGAGCCAGCCGAGCGCUACCUCAAGGACCGCAGAGUUGCCUACCACUCCGUCAUCUACCACGAGGAUGACAUCCAUUACCCCCAUAAAUACGGGGCAGAGGGAGGAUGUGCUGAUGAAUCCAUUCUGGAGAAGAUGAGGAAGUACCAGGCGACUGGCAUAGACGAACCUGACAACCAUGAUGACGAUGAGCGGUCCGAUGGCCCUUUGAUUCUGAGGAAACGACGUGCUGCAUCCAAAGAGCAAAACACAUGCCAGCUGUACAUUCAGACUGACCACCUGUUCUUCAGAUACUACGGCACUAGAGAGGCCGUCAUCGCCCAGAUCUCCAGCCAUGUAAAAGCCAUUGACUCCAUUUACCAGAGCACAGACUUCCUGGGCAUUCGAAACAUCAGCUUCAUGGUCAAAAGAAUCAGGAUCAACACCACUAUAGAUGAGAAGGAGAGGUCCAACCCAUUCCGGUUUCCCAACAUCGGCGUAGAGAAGUUUCUGGAGCUGAACUCGGAGCAGAACCAUGACGACUACUGCCUGGCCUACGUCUUCACCGACAGGGACUUUGACGACGGUGUGCUGGGACUCGCCUGGGUCGGGGCGCCCUCAGGCAGCUCAGGCGGUAUCUGUGAGCGGAGCAAACUGUACUCUGAUGGGAAGAGGAAGUCUCUGAACACCGGCAUCAUCACCGUCCAGAACUACGCAUCCCACGUGCCCCCCAAAGUCUCCCACAUCACCUUCGCACACGAGGUCGGACACAACUUCGGCUCACCGCACGACUCGGGCCUGGAGUGCACCCCUGGCGAGGCCAAAGUGCAGGAUAAGAAGGAGCGUGGCAACUACAUCAUGUACGCACGCGCCACCUCCGGGGACAAGACCAACAACAACAAGUUCUCCAUCUGCAGCGUCCGCAACAUCACGCAGGUGCUCGAGAAGAAGAGGGGCAGCUGCUUCGUCGAGUCUGGCCAGCCUAUCUGUGGCAAUGGCCUGGUGGAGGCCGGCGAGGAGUGUGACUGCGGCUACAGUGACCAGUGCAAGGACAUGUGCUGUUUCGAUGCCAACCAGCCAGAGGGCACCAAGUGCAAGCUCAGGCCAGACGCACUCUGCAGUCCUAGCCAGGGUCCGUGCUGUACCCGUGAGUGCAACUUUAGGGGCAGCACUGCCAAGUGCAGGAACGACAGCGAGUGUGCCCACCAGGGCAACUGCAACGGCCUGACCGCCCAGUGCCCUGCGUCUGCCCCCAAAGCAAACUUCACCAUCUGCCACAGCGAGACGCAAGUCUGCAUCAACGGGGUGUGCUCUGGGUCUAUCUGCUCUAAGUAUGGGCUGGACGUGUGCACAUGUGCCAGUAAGGAGGGCAAGGACGAGAUGGCAGAGCUGUGCCACGUCUGCUGCAUGGAAAAGAAUAAGCCAGAGACCUGCAGCAGUACAGGGUCUGAGAAGUGGGUGCACAACUUCCAGAACAAGGUGAUCACGCUGCAGCCGGGCUCGCCCUGCAACGACUUCAAGGGCUACUGCGACGUCUUCAUGAAGUGUCGCCUGGUGGACGCCGACGGACCCCUCGCCCGGCUCAAGAAGGCCAUCUUCAACCCCGAGCUCUACGAGAACAUCGCCGAGUGGAUAGUGGCUUACUGGUGGGCGGUGUUGUUGAUGGGCAUUGCACUCAUCAUGUUGAUGGCUGGGUUCAUUAAGAUCUGCAGCGUACAUACACCGAGCAGCAACCCCAAACUACCCCCUCCCAAACCACUACCAGGUACGCUGAAGCGGCGGAGGCCUCAGCACGCCCAGGCGCAGACCCAGCCCCAGCGGCAGAGGCAGCCCAGAGAGAGCUACCAUAUGGGGCAGCUGCGGCGCUGAGCCCCCCCCUGCCGCCCCGCGCCUUGCCUUGGUUCUUCUAGUGCCUACCCUGGGAACAGUCCACUCCAAAGAGCUACUAGCAGUCAGUCAGUCAGCCCGGACGACACAACAACCCACUUCAGCAGCGUACACACACGCACACACACACACGCACACAGGCUUACUCACAAACAGACAAAUGGCUAUAGCAUCAACACACACACACACACACACACACACACACACACACACACACCUUCCAACCAACCUGUGGUCCGCUCUGCUUUCUGUUUGUUUUUUUUGUUUUUUGUUCGUUUACCUCUCUGUGUGAGUCAGCGGUCGGAGCGAGAGACCUGAAGCCACUGCUGUACAGACUACAGGCAGAGAGCAGAGGAUGACAAGAAAGACCUGCAUGAAGAAGAAGAAGAGGAGGAGUGAAGUGGCGGAAGAGGAAGCUGUCGUUUUCUGACCUCCACUCUUCCUGUUUAUCUGCUCUGCUCCCCACUGUGGCUCCUGAUCCCACAUCACCGGAUUACACCUUUUCUUUUCUUCCGCUGCAGAGACAAACGAGAGGGUUCCUUUUUUCUCUCUUUUUUUUUUUUGCUCUUUGGAUCCUUUUUUUAAUCCCUCAGUGUGUGUGGGGAGAUAAAGCAGUGCUGGUCACAUGGGACCACCAUCAGCCAAUCACGGCCAAGGGGGCGUGGCUUGACAUAGAGCUCAGAAUGGGCGGGACUUGAUAAUCAUUUUUUUGCCAAUGUAAUUUAAGAGGCGGAGUUAUUUUAAAGAUCAGAGAAUCAAGUGUACCACAAACUGCAGGCUUAUAUUCCUCUCGCUUCCAUGGGCUGUGCUUUUCUGUUCUUCUUUUCUGAUUUCCUGCGUGCAAUUGUACAGAUAUGGCAAAGUAGAUAUGUUUUAUUAUUGUUUGUUUUGUUUUGGGGUUCUUUUUGGGGUUUUUGUUUUUGUUUUUCUUUCUUUUCUUCUGAAUAUGUUUCAUUUUUGUCUGCUGUUUCAUGAAGAUUUAUUUACUGUUUUGACUCUCAGGAUUAUAAAAGACAAAUAAAGAAAUGAGUGAAUGAUAGAGAGACCAGAGAAGAGAGGAGAAGAGGAAGAGACAGAGAGAGGACAGGAAAGGAGAAGAGAGGAGAGACACUCACAUCUGACCAGCAGGCUUAUCAUGUUACUUUUUUUAGAAAUCUACACAGUGUGUGAGUGUGUGUGAGAGAGAGAGAUAGAGAUGGAGGGGGGAGGAGAGACCUCUUUAGAGUUAAAACUACAGCCAUGUGCACAGCCUGGAAACAGGAAGUGGGAGGAGUCAGUGGCACAGAGGGGCAGGGCCUUAAGAGUUGCACAUGCCCAGUAGGGUUCAGUGUGUACUGAUGAUUGUAGAUGCAUAGCAUUUGGUCUGACCUUGAACUGUCAUCAUCAUCAUCAUCAUCGUCAUCAUUGUAAGGAUGGUUUUAUGGGAUGUUUUUACGGCACUGACUUGAGUUCAGUUGUGUGGUGUUGUGCUGCCUCCUCUCAUCUGCGACUGCCAUGUCAACUGUCAAUUAUAUGAGCCACUGUCAGCAAAAGAUUGUCCAGUCUCUCCCCUAGAGGAGCAGAGAGAAAGCAGAGAGAGAGAGAGAGAGAGAGAGAGAGAGAGAGAGAGAGAGAGCGACAGAGAGAGGUAGAGAGAGAGAAAUUCACUUCAUUAUUGUUUGUAUUGUCUUCUCAUUGACGGCUGCCCUGAUGUAACUCCAGCUUUAGUUUUUGUUUCCCUGUAUAAGCUUUAGUGAUGGUUAGAUGAAACUUCACAUUACUUAUGUGUCUGUCUGUGUGUGUGUGUGUGUGUGUGUGUGUGUAAAAGUGUUAGAUGAACCAUGCUGUGUGUCCUUCACAUCACGUCUUUUCUAACCUCACCACAGGACAGCCACCUCCACUCAGCGCUCAUAACCACUUCAUCACUCUUUAUCACUCGUCCUCUUCCUCUCUCUCUCACAGCAUCAGGUUGUUGUUUCCACUGAAUGUCCAGUAAGAAUGUGAUUGCAGCUCCAUCACUGACCUCCUGCUUCUGACGGCCUGUGUGCUUGUGUAGUUGACUCUGCUGUAGGCUGGACUGGUUUGCACCGAGCAAACGGACUUUCUGUUUCGGCUGGUGCAUUGAUUGAUUUGAUGUUUGGUUAUUGAUUGAUUGAUUCAUUUGAUUUGAUUGAUUGAUUGAUUAUUUGAUUGAUUGAUUGAUUGAUUGAUUGAUUGAUUGAUUUGUGUUGAAAGUACUGCCGCGAAGAGAUCGAAUGCAAAUAGCUGUUCUUAUUGUUUUUUUUUUUGUUUUUUUUUUAUCAAGUGUCCAUCUUUUCUGGCUGAAGUCCUGUAUCUCCCUUCCCCAAGCCAGUAGGUCAGUGGGCACGAGACAGUGGGCACGAGACAGGGCAACCUGGUGCAGCAGAAGUUUAUAUGCUCUGUGUGUGUGAGAUCCUUUCCAUCUUUCUCUCGGAAGAUCACCAUAGCAACCCACCACGGCUGGGUCUCCUUGAGAGCACCUUCUGACCUCUGACCUCCAUGGAGAGGUGAUGGUGCACAGAAACAGCAGAGGUUUUUUUUAGGCUGCACAAGAAGGUCAAGAGUGGCAGUGAAUGACUUUCCUGUUUUUUGUUUGUUUGUUUGUUUGUCUGUUUUUGUCAGCAUGUGUUACUUGGACACUCUCUCUCUCCCUCCCUCCUUCCCUCUGUCUGGGUGCUAUGUGAUGACGUUGAGUUUGCUCACUCACCUCUCACCUCUGCAUGUGGAGUUGGGCGAGAACAAGUCUCAGAGCAGACAAGAGCCAGAGUCAUGCCUGAAUUCCUCUCCUCCUGCUUCUUACUUCCUGUUUCCUGUUUCUUCUCCCCUUCCUCUCAUCCGUGCCCUGGGCUGCAGACUGGUUAGCGCUCAUGUAGCCUAGCGCUCAUGUAGCCUCCUCUAUGCUGAUACAUCCAUCCAUCCACUUCAGUUGGGUUUCUGUUAGGUUUUGUUUAUCUCUUCUGUGGUAAUAGUUUGGGGGGUGGGGGAGGGCUCUUUCUUAAAUAUUGUGUUUCUGCUGGGAAACUGCACUGAGAGGAGAAAUGAAUGCAUAGGUAAAAUUUUGGGACAAGGGUUUUUUUAGAGGGGAUGGGGUGCAUUGAUGAGUUUGGAAUAGAGGGUAAGAGGUGAAAGUCUGAUACUACUGUCUGAUUUUAAAAAGCCGCUGUGUUUUAUACAGUAUCUACUUUCUUGUUUUUGUUUGUUUGUUUGUUUUAAACUUUUUUUUUUCUUUUUCUUCCAUCGCGCUCACUUUGGAAAUUUUUACUAAAUUUGCAAAAAGUAUUGUGCAAAGAUAUGUAAUUUUUGAAGUACUUGAAAAUGCAUUAAUAAAAAUAGAAUUUGA